CCCGCCUCUUCCUCGUCUUUGUCUCUUCUCUCUCUCUCUCCCCAUCCCCGUCCCCCGCUGCCUUCGCCGCCGCCGCCAUCACCAUGACCAAGAUCAACCUCACUUGGAAUAAGAAGAAUUUCCCCGGUGUGGAGAUCGACACCUCCAACCCCGACCAGGCCUUCGAGCAGCUGCAGAAGACCAUCUGUGACCUGACCAGCGUCGAGCCGGCCAACCAGAAGAUCUUCUUCGCUCGACGCAUGCUUCGCUCUGGCGCGGACCUGACCGCGGCCGGUGGCCUCACCGAGAAUGCCACCGUCAUGCUGGUCGGCACGGCCACCGCCACGCUCAAGGCCAUGGCCGACGCGGCUUCCUCGGCCGCGGCUCGCGCCCCCGAGCAGAGCGAUAGCAUGGAUGUCGCGGCGGACAUCCCCUCCGGCCCGCACCCCCUCAAGAACAUCGGCAACACCUGCUACCUGAAUGCCACCAUCCAGAGCCUGCGCCUGGUGCCGGAGCUCCGGGACGAGCUGCGCAAUGCCAUGGUCACCCCCGGGGCGUCCGGGCGCUUCCCGGUGGCCCAUCAGCUCCAUGGGAUCCUCAGCGCCCAGCCCGGGUCCGACAGCAAUGUCAAGCCGGACCCCCUGGUGCAGGCCCUGCGCCGGGCGCAUCCGCAAUUUGCCCAGGUGGCCUCCGGCGGGGGGCCUUCCUCCGGUGGCAAGUGGGAUGCCUCCAGCAUGGCCAACCUCAGCACGCAGGACCUGGCCGCGGCGCUCAUGCCUCCCCAGUACAUCCACCAGGAUGCCCAGGAAUGCUGGUCGGCCUUGGUGCAGGACGCCGAUCGGGCUACCGGCAAUGCGUCGGCCGUGUCGCGGCUCUUCAACAUUGUGACCACCAUCUCGCGUGGCGAUCCGCAGGACCCCGCCGCCCCGCCCUCCCUGUCGCACGAUGAGGCCUCCAUGCUUGGCUGCCACAUUACCGAGGAGAUCAACAGCCUGGAGGAUAGCAUCCGCGCAGGGCUGGCCUCGACCGCGGCCAGUCGCGAUCAGCCCUCGGCCGCGACCGAGCCCGGCCCCGCCGGUGUGGCUUCCCCCCCCAAGACCACGGCCCUCUUCUCCCGGCUCCCGCGCUACCUGUGCGUGCACUUUGCGCGGUUCUACUGGAAGCAGGAGGCCAAUAUGAAGACCAAGAUCCUGCGGAAAGUUACCUUCCCUCUGCACUUGGACUUGCACAUGCUCUGCACGGAGGAGCUGCGCGAGCGCCAGUCCGUGGUUCGCCGCUUCCGCGACCAGAAGUCCGAGUCGAGCAUGGGCCUGGCCCCGGUGCGCCUGGCGGGCGAGGCCCCGGCCGACAAGGCAGCCGACAGCGACACCCCCAUGGCCACCUCCCCUCGCGAGGGGGAGGAUGCCCAGCAGGAUGCCGCCUCGGCCACUGAGCCGAUUUUCCUCGACGAGCAUGGGACUCCCGACCCCUACGCCUGCCCCACUGGCCGGUACGAGCUGAAGGCGGUGGUGGCGCACACCGGUCGCUUCGCCGACCAGGGCCAUUACAUCGCGUAUGUCCGGCUGCCGGAGCUCCAGUCGAAUGGGGGUCCGAAUGAUGCCAAGACCCGCCGGCGCGGGCCCUCCCUCAUGGGCAGCAAGGGCGACGGCUGGUGGCGGUGUGAUGAUGACACCAUCCGCCCGGCCGACCCGAAUGAGAUCGCUCGGUUGGAUGGCGGUGGCGAUUGGCCCAUCGCCUACCUGUGCCUGUAUGCCGCACGUGAGGAUGCUUAAUCGGCCUUCCCCCUCCGGACUUCCGGUGGCCCGUGCACGAGUGCCCUGGCAUUGCUGCUCCAUUUUUCCUGUCUCCUGUGAGAGUGAGUCCAUAUGUGUGUGCCUGUCUCCCAUCUCCUUUGCCUUCUUCGAUGGACAAGCCCCGGCAUAAUUGAUCUCGAGGGCAGG